AUGGGAACUGAUGGCUACAGCCAUGGCAGUGACCACCUGAAGACCUGCGUCGAUGUCGAUGUCUCUGCGCUGAAAUUCCUGCAGCGCUUCCCCCUGCUGUGGUUCAGAAAACGGACAGAUGCCACGCCAAAAGAGACACAGCAGUCAGCAUUUGAAGAAGCCGAGGCGGGCAAACGUGAGCUGGCGACUUUGAUUGAUAUCAAGGUGGGUCAACUGAAGUUUGCGACUGCCAAAGAGCUGAAGACGCAAUUUCAUGCUUCCAAAGCAGGUCUUGCUGAUUUAUCUUCUCUGCCAAAGGAUGUCAUGGUUUUGAUCCAUCCGGAUCUCAGGCUACUGGAUGCGCGAUCUGACGUUGUGCUUCAUCACGGUGCCAAACCACAUGCAACUCCUUGGUUCAGUGCUGAGACGCUGGCAGCAGCAGUGAUGCUCUCAAGCAGCCAGCAGCUGAACAACGUGAGCUUUUUGGAGCAGUUGGAUCGCGGCGUACGGGUCACGGAGCCACAGUUGGUGCAGGUUCGCUGUCCCAAGUGUGGCCGGCUAGGCGCCCUGGCCAAUGCCCCUCCAGCGCCGCCCACGUGGCGCUGCAACGGCUGCCGGGGCCGCGGGGACCCUGAGGGCUGCCGCAACGCGCGGCGCGCGGUGGCGGCGUAUCGUUCAGGGCACUACCGGGGGGAGGCAACCUUGAAAUCUAUGCUGCAGUCGGCCAUCAAGAGAGGCCAUGCUGAAGUGGCCCUGCUGUGCGCUCGGGUCCUGGCCCCGUUGGAUUCCCCCAGCUUCGUGGCCAGCGCCUUGCGCGCGCGGCGUCCGGGGCUGCUCAGCACGGUGCUCAGCUUCAGCACGGAGCGGGCGGCCAAGGAGGCCUUGGAUCAGGUGGAACAUCAUUGGUUGAACACCAACCGAGAUUUCCAGCUGAUUCGCGAGCACCUUCGGAAUGCGCGGGCGGCCUUUUUCCUUAAGCCAGCAGAUGAGGCUACUGCGAAGCAUUUGAUCUAUCUCUUCCGCAAGCCCCCGCUGCGCUUGCCGAGACCCGCACUGGAGACUGUGAAAUCUUUCAUCUUUUCCAGAGACCUCUGCGAACUGAUCCGUGAGACUUUGAUGGUGUUGAAUCUCACCGACGGAAUGUACAUACGAUCAUGA